AUGACUGCUAAAGUUAAUGCUGUCGUUUGUGCUGCUUAUGCUGGCACCCCGGUGAUCAUAACUAGGCUGCAGCACAAGCAUUGCCUGCACCAGAAUCUGAAUGGAAACUGGGACCAUGAGAGGACUGAGUUCUUUUUACCACCUUUGAUGACUCUGUUACUAGAACCAGGAACUGGUGGUUCAUCUACGCCAUCAAUGGUUGGUGCUGUAAAAAAAUGGCAAAAGUCUGACCCUCAAAAAUCCCUGGACACAUGGAGAAGAUUGUCAGAGGCGAAUUCACAGUUAGAAAUUCAACUGAAUUUUUUGAGUAAAUUAGCAAAGGAACAAUGGGAUGCAUAUAAAUCUGUGAUUGAUAGCUGCAGCAAGCUCAGAUCAGAAAAGUGGAUAGAGCAAGCUUCUGAACCCAAUAAGGAAGCAGUUAUUAAAGCAUUGCUAGGUGCAAAAGAAACUAUGCUUGGGAUUAGAUAUCAUAUGCGCCUAAUGGGUGAGGCUGCAGGUGUUCCAAUUGAACCAGAAUCACAAACAAAACUUUUAAAUGCUACACUGAACUUGGAAGGAGUGUUGUUGGCUGGAGUUCCAGGAGUAGGAGGAUUUGAUGCUGUCUUUGCUGUUACUUUGGGAGAUUCAAGCAGCAAUGUGACAAAAACAUGGAGCUCACUCAAUGUUCUUGCCCUUCUGGUUAAAGAAGAUCCUUGUGGCGUUUCUUUAGAAAGUGCUGACCCUAGAACAAAUGAAAUCACUUCAGUUGUAUCUUCAAUUCAUAUUAAAUAA